AGUGACAUUUAUACUCAUCUCCAGCUUUGGGCCUCAGUCUUCAACUGCGCAUCCAUCAUAUGCAACAGGCAAUGUCCCCUUCACUGGGAUCCAAGAUCAGCUCCAGAGGGGUUCAACCUCAUGACCAGCAUUGGCAAUUACUCUGAUGGCCUCAUGACCCUUUCCAACCUCGGAAUUCAGCUGGGAUAUAACUCUGGUUCUAUGGUUGCCUGCUCUGGACAUAUUGUCAGGCAUGGAGUC